AUGUUUAUAUACGAGUUUAUGUCAGGUGUCGUCGAAACAAUCACUGGAACCGAUGAAGAAGAUUACGAUCCCCAUCGACAUCGAAAAGUGGAAAAACCAACAACAUACUCGGAAACGAUGAUCCAUUUGCUAAAAGGUAGUAUUGGAGCUGGUGUGCUGGCGAUGCCAUCGGCUGUCUAUCGCGUGGGCAUAAUCGCAAGCAUAAUUGGACUUUUAAUUGUCGGUGCUUUCGCUACGUACUGCAUACAAUUAUUGAUUGCAGCGCAGUACGAGCUAUGCAAACGAUGGCGACGAGGUUAUAUAGCGUACCCAAAGUCCAUGCUGUUGGCGUUGCAGGAUGGGCCCAAAAGCCUACGUUGGUCCGCCAAUUCGCUAUACUAUUUCGUGGACAUUGUGCUCGUGUUGUGGCAGCUAGGAAUAUGCGUUAUUUAUUUUGUGUUUGUCGCCGAAAACAUUAAGCAAGUUUUAGACUUUCAUGGCUACGAAUUAUCAUUACGAACGCACAUUUGCAUUGUACUUGCACCACUGAUCAUAAUAAAUUUGGUGAAAGACCUGAAGCUGAUGACUCCACUUUCAUCGAUUUCGAACAUUUUAACGAUUUUUGGGUUGAUAUUAGUAUUCUUUUACUUAGUAGAGGACGAUGUGAUUUUAGAAACGGAAAAACUAAAAAUAAAAAACUUAAAUGCAGUGCCUUUAUUUAUAGGAACAGCAUUGUUUGCACUUGAAGCCGUUGGAGUGGUCCUUGCUUUAGAAUAUAAUAUGGAGGAACCAAAACGUUUCGUAGGAUUUUUCGGACUUUUUAACUUGGGCAUGGCUAUUAUAAUAACGCUUUACAUUAUUAUCGGUGUUUUUGGUUAUCUCAAAUAUGGGGAUACUAUUGAAGCGACAAUUACACUGAAUUUACCACAAGAAGAAAAGAAGGCGCAAGCAGCAAAAGUCAUAUUUGCAUUGGCAAUUUUCUUAACCUUCCCGCUGCAAAACUACGUCGCGUACAGCAUGGUGUGGCGAAAACUUCAGAAAAGGAUUCCGGAGAAUAGACGCUGCUUUCCUGAUUAUGCACUGCGUGUGGCGCUUGUCCUUAUACCCUGGCUACUUGCAGUCGCUGUACCUCACCUCGGACCAUUUAUUUCUUUGUUUGGAGCAUUUUGUCUAUCUCUGCUGGCAAUGGUUUUUCCGGGUUUAAUGGAUCUGUGCUUAUGGUAUCCCAAUCGCUAUGGUUUGUGCCAUUAUAAAUUAAUACGUGACAUUUUUAUUAUACUAAUUGGUAUGGCUUGUCUUAUGGCUGGCUGCUACACAAGUAUGAUGGAAAUCAUAGAAUCAUAA